UUUGUCUGCUCUCUGAUAGAAGCAGUUGAGUCAACCUCACCACUAUCUUGCUGUUUUUGAAAAUGUGCGAGACACUAUACAGUAGGUCGGACAUAUAGAUACAAUUCCUUGCAAUAGCGGGAUACCGUGUGAGUAAAAUUUGCUGGAAAAUGAUGAGGAAAAAAAGAGGAGCGCAGAAAACCUGUUUUUCUUUAUACCUCCCUUUCAUGCUGUUUUUUGGAAAAUGGGCUACUGCAGAAAUCCGGUACUCAAUCCCAGAAGAGGUGAAGGACGGAACUGUUGUUGGAAAUGCUGCGAAGGAUCUUGGUCUUGACAUCGCCACUUUGUCAGACCGACGGUUCCGUGUUGUUUCUGAAUCUAAGGAUACGUUUUUUGCGGUAAACCAGGACAAUGGGGCUCUGUUUGUUCAUACGAAAAUCGACAGGGAGGAGCUUUGUCAGGGCAGCGGUGUUUGUCUAAUGGAGCUCAAGAUCCUUGUUGAAAACCCCUUGGAAAUACACUAUGUCAUUGUGGAAAUUACUGACGUUAAUGAUCAUGCUCCCAGUUUUCCUGAAAAGGAGCAGAUAUUUGAAAUAGCAGAGCACACGUUACCAGGAAAGCGAUUUCAGCUGCACACUGCUCGUGACCCCGAUGCUGGAAUCAACUCCAUUCGUACGUACUCCUUAACGUCAAAUCAACAUUUUGAAAUAGACAUACGUCAAAGCGAUGAAGAUAAAAUCCCAUUUUUAGUGCUUAAAAGGUCAUUGGAUAGAGAGCAAACGGGCAAACAUUUACUGUUUGUUACAGCUACUGAUGGAGGUAAACCCCCGAGAUCAGGCACACUGAAUGUUUCUAUUAUCGUCCUUGAUAGUAAUGACAAUCGCCCUGUAUUCAGUAAGGAGAUUUACCAGAUUGAAAUACAAGAAAAUGUUCCUGUCGGUACCUCAGUAUUAAAAAUAAACGCAACCGAUCCAGAUGAAGGAGCAAAUGGAGAAAUUGAAUACAAUCUUGGAAAAACACUAAAGAAAAAAGUCUAUGAGGUGUUUGAAUUGGAUAAAUCAUCUGGAGUGAUUAGAAUAAAAGGAGCAGUGGACUAUGAAGAAAAUGACAUUUAUAAACUUGACAUUGAAGCAUCCGAUAAAGGUACACCUCCUCUGACAGGUGAGUGUAGGGUCAUUAUUAAGAUAAAAGACGUGAACGAUAAUCCUCCGGAAAUUGAAGUGACUUCACUGUCAGAUACAGUGGGCGAGGACUCGAAACCUGGCACGGUGAUCUCACUUCUCAGUGUGCGAGACAAAGACUCUGGUGUAAAUGGAAAAAUAAUUUUAAGCAUAACAUCAGAUGUACCUUUUAAGUUACAGCCAUCAUACAAAGAGAACAUAUACUCAGUAAUUACUAAGGAUGUUUUGGAUCGAGAGCAGGUGUCACAGUAUGAAAUAACAAUAAAAGCUGCUGACUGUGGUGAACCUCCUUUGUCAACCUUUAAAACCCUGAAUAUUCAAAUAUCAGACGUAAAUGACAACAGUCCACAAUUUACCAAAAACCCAUUGCAGUUUUACAUGCUGGAAAAUAAUGUUGUCGGAAAGUCAUUAUUCUCUGUCAGUGCAACGGACAAUGAUUUGAAUGACAAUGCAGUAAUUGUAUAUAACAUUGUCAGAGAAGGGAGUCAAAGCGACAUAACGUCUCUGCUAAAUGUAAAUCCUGAAAAUGGACAAAUAUCCGCGUUAAAAAGGUUUGACUUUGAAAGACUGAAAACGUUCCAGUUCCACGUUGUUGCAUCAGAUUCGGGAACUCCGUCACUGAGCAGCAACGUCACAGUGAAUGUAUUCAUUCUGGAUCAGAACGACAACGCUCCAGUCAUCCUGUAUCCAGUCAGCUCCAACGGUUCUGCUGAAGGUGUGGAGGAGAUUCCCCGCAAUGUGAACGCAGGAUACGUGGUGACUAAAGUCAGAGCCUAUGACGCUGAUAUAGGAUAUAACGGCUGGUUACUGUUUUCACUGCAGGAAGUCACUGAGCACAGUCUCUUUACUUUGGACCGCUAUACAGGACAGAUCAAAACACUUCGUCCAUUCACAGAGACAGACGAGGCUGAGCAUAAACUGGUCAUACUGGUCAAAGACAAUGGGAACGUUUCACUCUCAGCAACAGCUACUGUCAUUGUCAAAGUUGUGGAGCCCAAAGAAGCUUUUGCAGCUUCUGAUGUUAAAAGUUCAACAAAAGCAGACGAGGACACUAAUGUGACUUUUUACCUGAUGAUAACUUUGGGCUCAGUUUCAGCUCUUUUUCUCAUUAGUAUCAUUGUGUUGAUUGCAAUGCAGUGUUCAAAGACCACAGAAUAUACUUCUAAAUAUCUACAAGAGGCUAAUUAUGAUGGAACACUGUGUCACAGCAUCCAGUACAGAUCUGGAGACAAACGGUACAUGUUAGUUGGACCCAGGAUGAGUAUAGGAUCUACAAUGGUCCCAGGAAGCCAUGCAAAUACACUAGUACUCCCUGACAGAAGAGGGACAUCUGGAGAGGUAAGAUUAUAUUUGUAUUUCAAUUUAUAUGUGUGUUAUUUUUCUUUCAUUUGA